UUUUAUUACUUUCGGUUCCUUUCUGACAGUUGUAAACAAGACAGUUCAAAAUACUUCCUUUUCCGGUGAAACGUUAGCCCCUAGCCGAAGCUACCUGAGAGCUAAGGGAAAUCCAGCAAUAUCACACAAUGGGGUUUGUAAAAGUGGUUAAAAACAAAGCCUACUUCAAAAGAUUUCAAGUCAAAUUCCGAAGGAGGAGAGAGGGUAGAACUGACUUCUAUGCUCGUAAAAGACUGGUUGUUCAAGAAAAGAAUAAAUACAACACCCCAAAAUACAGACUGAUCGUCCGCUUUACCAACAAGGACAUCAUCUGUCAGAUAGCGUAUGCCAGAAUCGAGGGAGACGUGAUCAUUUGUGCUGCUUAUGCACAUGAACUUCCUCGCUAUGGUAUCAAGGUCGGGCUAACAAACUACGCCGCUGCAUACUGCACAGGACUUCUAAUUGCAAGAAGGUUACUGAAAAAAUUAAACUUGGACAGUAUUUACCCUGGACAAGAACAAGUUGAUGGAGAUGAAUUUUAUGUAGAAGAUGUUGAUGGACAGCCAGGAGCAUUCCGUUGUUACCUUGAUGUUGGUCUCAUGAGGACCACCACUGGUGCCCGUGUUUUUGGAGCCAUGAAGGGAGCUGCUGAUGGUGGCAUUGAUAUCCCACACAGCACCAAACGUUUCCCUGGCUAUGAUGCGGAGAGUGGUGAAUUCAGUGCGGAGGUUCACAGGGACCACAUCUUCGGUAAACAUGUGGCAGAGUACAUGAGGAAACUCAAUGAGGAUGAUGAAGACUUGUACAAGAAACAGUUCUCCCGCUUCAUCAAGAAUGGACUCAAUGCUGACAAUUUGGAAGAAAUGUACAAGAAAGGUCAUGCUGCAAUCCGCUCUGAUCCUGAGCCGAAGGCCAAACCAACAAAGGAGGUGAAGGUCAAGAGAUGGAACCGUGCCAAGAUGACCAAGGCCCAACGUGAAGAUCGUGUCAAACAGAAGAAGGCUGCCUUCAUGAAGAAGCUAGAGGCAGAUGAUGAAUAAUAGACUUUGUUUCUAUUUAUGUGCUGAUAUCAAUUAUAUUAAAGCACUCUGAAGAGAAA